AUGCUGAUGUGUCUCUUGAAUUUGGCAUUCUUGGCUUUUUUUUGCUGCUUAUCAUCAUCGACUCUUACAAAUGCUUCCCCAAAUUGUCAUCCGAACGAUCUAUCAGCACUGAAGGAAUUCGCCAGCCAAUUAAUUAACGGCUCUAUCAAAUUCUCUUGGUCAAAUAUAUCCGAUAACUGUUGUGAAUGGGAAGGCAUUGUCUGUGAAACUAACAACAAUGCCGGUAAAUCGGCCGUUGCUCGAGUGACCAUGUUGAACCUUUCUGGAAAAGACUUGAAGGGGAAAUUUCCAGACACUGUUAUCAAAUUGGAUGGUUUGAAAUUUAUUGAUCUUUCACACAACUCUUUGGAAGGUGAUUUGCCCUCUGGAUUCUCUAACCUGAAUCAGUUGGAAAUUCUCGAUUUUAGCCAUAACAAGCUGUUCGGGCCUGCAGUCGAGCGAAUUACCGGCUUGAAAUCGAUUCGUUCGCUUAACAUUUCUGGGAACUCGUUCACUGGAAAUUUGAGCGAUUUUUGGAGUUUUUCGAAUCUUGUUGCAUUGAACAUAAGUAACAAUUUGUUCGCUGGGCAACUCGGCUCGCUAAACUGCAGUUUCUUUGAAAAUAUUCGAGUUCUUGAUAUAUCGUCCAAUGGGUUUACCGGUGGGCUUGAAGGGUUGUACAACAAUUGCAGCAGAGCCUCUCUCCAGCAGCUUGUUAUGGAUUCAAAUUCCUUCUCGGGAGAAUUUUCCGAGUCGUUAUACUCGAUUUCUUCCUUGGAAGUGCUUUCAGUCUCCACAAAUAACUUUUCAGGCCAGAUAAGCCCGAAAAUCGGCAAGCUCACCAAUCUCAGAACCCUAAUUCUUUCCGGCAAUCGAUUUUCCGGCCCUUUUCCCGAUGUAUUUGAGAAUUUGACUCGACUUGAGCAUCUCGACGUGCAUUCGAAUUUGUUCUCCGGUUCAGUCCCCUCGACUUUGGCACUUUGUUCGAAACUAGACGUGCUCGAUUUCAGAAACAACUCGCUCUCCGGCCCUAUCGAUUUCGAUUUCUCCCGGCUUUCUAAUCUCUGCACCCUCGAUUUAGGCGGGAACCGUUUUUCGGGCCCUUUGCCUCAAUCCCUCUCCACUUGCCGGGGAUUGAAAUACGCGAGCCUCGCCCGAAACAAAUUUACCGGUCAAGUCCCUCAAAAUUACGCGAAUCUCACGUCUCUCGUUUUUCUAUCGCUUUCGAUCAACAAGCUCGUCAACUUAUCAAACUCGUUGUCCGUGCUGAGUCAUUGCCGGAAUCUGACGACCCUCAUACUCACCAACAACUUUCACGGCGAACGAAUUCCCGAGAAUGUAAACGGGCUCGAGAGGCUAUCCCUUUUGGCUGUUGCGAACUGCGCUUUGACCGGUCAAAUCCCGAGCUGGCUUCAAAACUGUCGAAAUUUGCAGCUGCUUGAUCUCUCGUGGAACCAUCUAGAAGGCACCAUCCCUUCUUGGAUCGACCGGAUGGAUUCACUCUUCUACUUGGACCUCUCGAAUAAUUCAUUGACCGGUCAAAUCCCGAAGGCUUUGACCGGUCUCAAGGGCCUUAUGAACCUGACUGCAUGCCCGUUAAUCUCCAACAACACGUCCUCAGUUAUUCCGCUCUUUGUCAAGCGGAAUCAGAGCUCGAGCGGCUUGCAGUACAAUCAGGUCUCGAGCUUCCCGCCAUCUAUACUGCUGAACGAUAACCGGUUAACCGGGCCCAUCUGGCCCAAAAUCGGUCGGCUGACGAAGCUACACGUUUUGGAUUUGAGCCGGAACAACAUAACCGGGACAAUCCCGAGCUCGAUUUCAAACAUGCUGAAUCUAGAGACGCUCGAUUUGUCCUUCAACGAACUUCAUGGCGCGAUUCCCGUCUCAUUGAACCGACUCACAUUCCUCUCGAGAUUUAGCGUUGCUUAUAAUCGUCUCGAGGGCCCGAUUCCAACUGGCGGCCAGUUCUUCAGUUUCCCCAGCUCGAGCUUCGAGGGAAAUAAAGGCCUCUGUGGGAAACUAAUCUCUCCCUGUCUUGUUAAAAGUGUCGGUUUUGGCCCUUCUCGCCGGUCGACCGGUAAAAAACUCGGCCGGAAUAGUAUAAUCGGGCUCACGAUAGGAAUCGGGUUUGCAAUCUCCUUAAUCGUGGCCUUCGUUCUACUUCGAAUAUGGAGAAAAGGUGGUGAAAAACGAGCCCCCGUCGAGCCCCCAAGAUUAUCGGACUCAUUCGGGCCGCCAAAGCUCGUUUUUUUCAAAAACACUGCGUGCGAGGGCCUCACGGUAACGGAUCUUCUGCUUUCAACUAACAACUUCAACCAGUCGAACAUAAUCGGGUGCGGAGGGUUCGGGCUCGUUUAUCGGGCCGAGUUCAAAAACGGGUCGCGGGCCGCAAUCAAGAGGCUCUCGGGCGACUGUGGCCAGAUGGACCGCGAGUUCCAGGCCGAAGUCGAGGCCCUCUCGCGGGCCCAGCACAAAAACCUCGUCUCAUUACAGGGCUACUGCCAGUAUGCGAACGACAGGCUACUCAUCUACUCGUACAUGGAAAACGGGAGUCUCGAUUAUUGGCUGCACGAACGGGUCGACCCGGGUUCUGCCCUUCCUUGGCCCGCGCGGUUGAGGAUAGCCCGUGGGGCGGCCCGCGGGCUGGCCUAUUUGCAUGGGGAACAGAACAUUGUCCACCGUGACAUAAAAACGAGCAAUAUUUUGUUGGACGAGAAUUUCGAGGCCCACUUGGCGGAUUUCGGGCUUUCGAGGCUGCUGAGGCCUUACGACACGCAUGUGACGACGGAUUUAGUCGGGACUUUGGGUUAUAUUCCGCCGGAGUACAGUCAGACUUUAACGGCGACUUUUAGAGGGGACGUUUAUAGCUUUGGGGUUGUGAUUUUGGAGCUUCUGACCGGAAGGAGGCCGGUGGAGGUUUGUAAGGCGAAGAGUUGCCGGGAUUUGGUGGCGUGGGUUUACCGGAUGAAAACCGAGAGGCGGGAGGUGGAGAUUUUCGACUCGAGUAUAACGAGUAAGGAUUGUGAGGAGGAACUUAUGGAGGUUCUUGGUGUAGCUUGUAAGUGUGUAGAGAAAGAUCCUAGGAAGAGGCCCUCCAUUGAUGAGGUUGUUUUGUUGCUUGAUGGGCUUGUUAUAGGAAAAAAAGGUUUGACCUGA